UGAAUAUCAGCACCUCAAGAAGAAAAGACCGUGCUUAUCCGUUCGUUGCUGAGAUUUUGUGCUUCAGAUCCUAAAUAUUUUCAAUACACAUUCUGCAAACGCCGGAUCUGUGUCGUAUUUCAGCAUUAGACGGGUAUAGGAUUCGUUCAUCGUUUUUGUGAGUAGGAUGUAUCUAUUAAUAAUUGCUUGUGGCAGUUGUAUCAUUCGUAUUAAGAUUGAUUUGAAUCCAAUGACAGCGACGACAAAUAAUACCUGUGUUUGACGAGCGAAUAGAUUUAGAUAUUGAGACCUUAGAAAUCGACUUCGUAUUAAAUGGCACAGGAAAAUGCCGUUGUCACUCCUACGGAACAACAACCAGUAGCGACGCUAGUAGGGGUCAAGUUGGCUUACGGGAAGCACAAACGAACUGUUUGAAUUGUGUCGAGCGACCUAGAACCGUUUAACACGCACUAAGUAUUGCUGUGUGUUUCUGCAAGCAUACUUAAAAUCUCGCAGAAAACAAGAACAUGGGUCGACGAGCGCGAAGGGCGGCCAAGCAGGCAAAGCCGCGGCCAAAACUCGACACACAAUUCGAUUGCCCCUUCUGCAACUCCGCGAAAAGCGUUGAGGUACUUCAUGAUUUUAUAAUUUUAAGUUGGUGAAGUACCAGCCCAAGGCAGGUCUCAUUAGGCCUGUAGUUUUACUUAAUUCCCUAGCUCCGGCAUCGGCGUCGGCCGACUACGAUACAGAUUCAAAAGACGACUCUAGUAAAGAUUUUUGCAGUAAGCGUGCGACGAGGGACUCACUGACAAACUUCGUUUUGGGUGCGCGUUGUACAUCAAGUUUGUGAGAAGAAACAAAUGAGACAGGAAGAUGAGCUAUAGUACUAUUUGACAAAAUGAAUCAAUGAAAUACGAAUACGAAAGGUAAAAAUGUCGAGGCCUGAGACGUUGGGGCAGCUAAAGUGUCGAGUGUGCGGUGUGGGGUACCAGACACGUAUCAAUUAUCUAAUGGAGCCCGUAGACGUGUACUCAGAAUGGAUCGACGAGGCGGCGCAAAUUGCGAAGCUACGCGACCAAAAGGCAAAGAACGCGCCCUCCUCUGGAGCGGCCGCCUCAUCAAGCGCAGUGCCAAGGAGGUACUUAGUGCAGCCAGUUUGUUUUGUUGGUCCCGUGACCUAGUACCAAAAGCACAUGUUCUUCUCCUCCAAACGAGCUACCUACGAAAGAUUGGUUGUUGAGAAUAUACAAAAAUUAUACGAAUUUUUCGCUGAAAGAGAAAAAUAUUUAGUGGAUUUUUUCUUGUUUGCAGGUCUGCAACAGAAGGGGGAGGCAGCGUAACGGCCGCGAAGAAAGGGGACGACGAGGAGCUAAAAUUCAUACUGCGGGACGACAAGAGAAUAUCGGGACCUGAAAUUGAAGACCCGGAGUUCUAGCACGAAAUAAGAGUACGCCUCCUCUUCAUGCUGAGCGCAUCGCUGCCAACUUCAGUACCACCGCCGCAUUGUGUCAAAUGAACAUGUUCAUAUUCAUUCUUCCAUGAACUGCUGCAUGCACGUGAUCAGACGACCGGGAACUACGUCCUCGCGCGACAAGAGCACAAAAUAGUCCUGUCCUCGCUGCUCUUGCAGAAGCAAAAAAUGCUUUGCGGUUCUACUUCGGAAGAGUAAGUGCCCCGGCUCGCUGAGGCACUGGAUGAUCAGCGUCGUGUUCCACUAGCAGCGCCCCUACGUUGGAGUCAUCAUCUUGGUCGUCGUUCGACUACAAAUCACACGAGUGAGAAUGAACCUGUGCGGUCGCAGCUGGUUGACCACGGUCUUGCUUGGCGUGCGUGAAAUGUACCAGGGAGCGGAUGCUGUGUGUCUCUGUUCCUGUAAUGAAUUUGAACAAUCGACGCACCUUCUUCAGCGCGACUUGAUUUUGAUGGCAUCGUGCUUUUAUUGGGGUGAUGGUGUUUGCGAUUGCGUUUCCGCGAAGGUGCAUGGAAAUCGAAAUGCACAUAUUAUUGAACACUGUGUUUCAGGACGGAUCCAUGUGGCAGACAGAUCCGACGG